AUGCGUUUCUUCGCUGCUGUUCUCGCCGCUCUUCCGGUCGUUCUGGGUAUCACUAUUCUGCAGCCUUCGCCGACCUCGUACUGGGUGGAGAUGACCACCAACGAGAUCGUCUGGAGCUAUAACGCAGGUGACCCGAGCCCCAUCACGGUUGUGGUGACGGCCCAGAAUGACACCACCUUAAAUGGCGUGUUCACUAUCGCCCAGAGUGUUGAUCUUGCCCUGGAGACUUAUACCAUCACGAACGUCACUCUGGUGGUCGGCUCUGGCUAUGCCGUGUCGUUCGUUAACCCCACCAACGAGAGCGAUGUCUACACCACGAGCCAGUCGUUCUCCGUCAUGGCACCAGGCACGUCCGCAGCGCCCUCUAGCGCCGUCCCGUCGUCCGCCUCGGGCUCUGCCAGCGGCUCCAGAGCGUCCAGCACGUCGCCGUCCACCAGCAGCAGCGGCAACCCGUCCUCGACUCACAGCAGUGCUGCCGCUCGCGCUUUCGGGAUCUCCGCACAGGGCAUGUACGGCACGCUCGCCGCGUGCGGUGUCGCCGCCGUGUCUGCGCUCCUCCUCUAG